AUGAGCUGAAAGGUCGAUGCCACUUCUUCUGCUGCAAACACCAGAACAGGUUGCCAUGCUAUCCAUCCCAGAUCUGAUCAAAAAGAAGAGAGAUGGAGGAGAGCUGAGUGAUGAAGAGAUCAAGCUCUUCAUCAGGGCCGUCACAUCUAAAACUAUGCAGGACAGUCAGAUAGGGGCCAUGCUGAUGGCUGUUUGGCUAAAAGGGAUGGUUUCCACGGAGAUUCAGACCCUGACUAAAGAGAUGAUGUCAUCAGGUCAAGUGAUGUCAUGGCCGGACAAGUGGAAAGGGUUGACUGUGGACAAACACUCGACGGGGGGAGUUGGGGACAAAGUGAGCCUGGUGUUAGCACCGGCACUAGCUGCCUGCGGAUGUAAGGUGCCAAUGAUUAGUGGGCGGGGCUUGGCUCACACAGGAGGGACUCUGGACAAACUGGAAUCAAUUCCAGGAUUUAACACGCAGCAGUCAGCUGAUCAGAUUCGAGAUAUCUUGGCCUCAGUGGGCUGCUGCAUCGUCGGUCAGACAGAGAUGCUGGUUCCUGCUGACCGAGUUCUGUACGCGCUGCGAGACGCAACCAGCACCGUGGACAGCCUGCCGCUCAUUACUGGUUCAAUUAUCUCAAAGAAAGGAGCCGAGUCUCUGUCUGCUCUGGUGCUGGAUGUGAAGUUUGGACGUGCUGCUCUGUACAAAGACCUGCAGGGUGCCAAACAGCUGGCACAGAUGUUGGUAGAAGCCGGUAACAGAGUGGGCAUUAAAACAGCAGCUGUGCUGAGUCGUAUGGACGGGACCAUUGGUCGAUGUGUGGGAAACAGCCUGGAGGUGCUGGAAUCCCUGGAAACGCUGAAGGGGAACGGGCCCGCUGACCUGAUGGAGCUGGUCAACACGCUGGGUGGGCUGCUGUUGCUGAUGACUGGUGUGGUCUCCAGCCUAUCAGAGGGCAAAAAGAAGAUUUCAGAGGCUGUGAUUGGUGGACAGGCCUUGUCUAAAUUUGAGGCCAUGAUGGUGGCUCAGGGUGUUGCCAUGGAGACAGCCAGAUCCCUUUGCUCCGCCCACACGGACUACUACAGCAUCCUGAGGAAAGCGCAGCAACAGCUGGACCUGACGGUUCCUGCAGAUGGUGUCGUCGUGGACCUGGACGGCUUAGUUCUGGCUCAGGUUCUUCACAAGCUGGGGGCGGGGCGAUCACGAGCAGGAGAGCCCAUCAAUCACAGCGUGGGGGCGGAGCUACUGGUGUCACCGGGUCAGCGCGUCAAGAAAGGUGAGUCCUGGUUGCGUCUUCACUACGACCAUCCGGUUCCAGAUCAGGUGGCUCUUCUGCAGAAAGCUUUGAGGGUUGGAAAGGACAACAAAGCAGCGGAAGGAGAGUCUUCUCUGGUGGCAGAGCUGCUGCUGCCCAAUGAGGCGCACACUUUGUGACGUACUACUUUUUUUUUGUUCGUCGGCGCCUAGCGCCCUCUGCUGGAUGUUUAGGAAGUAAAUCUGACAGGAAACGGAAUGAGAAUGAACAGUUGAUUUUUGUAGAAGAGAAUAGACUUUAAUAAUCCCACAGCGGAGAAGUUCACUCAUUAAGGCGGCACAUACAGAGAAUAAGAAAAAAUAAUGUAGAUAGAUACACAAAAGUAGGCCAUUACCGAAAGCUAAACGGCAUACAGGAUGCACAUCUGGGUACGGGUCAUGUGACAAAGGAUAAUGCCAGUACCAGUUCAACUGUGGAUUUAUAGUCUUACUGCAGGGGGAUUGAAGAACCAACGGUAGCGUUCUGUUUUACAUGUUGGACGUCUCAAUCUGCCACUAAAAGCAGAGAAUAAAAUUCUACCACUUUGUCUUUAAA